AUGAGCUGCAGCAUCAAGAGAACAUCCAGCACCUCGUACAGGAGCGGAGGAGGAGGUGGAGGCGCCUGUGGUGGCAGCAGCGGCCGCAGCUCCUCUGUGUCCUGCCGGCGCUACGCCUCCUCCGUCAUCGGCGGGGGCAGCUACGGCGGGGCGGCCUGCGGGGGCUACGGGGGCAGCCUGAGCAUUGGCAGCCUUGGCGGGGGCUUUGGCGGGGGCUUUGGCGGGGGCUUUGCGGGGAGCUGCGGCCCUGGCGGGGACCUGCUGCUGGGCAACAAUGAGAAGGUCACCAUGCAGAACCUCAACGACCGCCUGGCAUCUUACCUGGAGAAGGUGAGAAGGCUGGAGGAAGAGAACGCUCAGCUUGAGCACCACAUCCGUGAGUGGUACAGGAAACAAGCUCCCAGCGUUUCCAAGGACUACAGCUCCUACUACCAGACCAUCGAACAACUCCAAAAUCAGAUUAUUUCUGCAACUGUGGACAACAACAGAAUGCUUCUGGACAUUGAUAACAGCAAGAUGACUGCCGAUGACUUCAGAAUGAAGUAUGAGAAUGAGCUGGUCAUCCGUCAGACCGUGGAGGCUGACAUCAAUGGCCUGAGAAAUCUCAUGGAUGACCUGACUCUGGUUAGAUCUUCACUGGAAUCUGAGCUGGAGUCCUUGAAGGAUGAGCUGAUUGCUCUGAAGAGAAAUCACGAGGAGGAAAUGAGGCAGCUCCAGUCCCAAACUGGUGGUGAUGUGAGCGUGGAGGUCAAUGCUGCCCCUGGAGAAGACUUGACAAAGAUCCUGAAUGAUCUGAGAGAUGAAUAUGAGCAGAUCAUUGAGAAGAACCGCAGGGAGGUGGAGCAGUGGUAUGAGGUCAAGAUCCAAGAAGUCAAUCAGCAGGUCACUUCCAGCAGCCAGGACAUCCAGACAAGCAGCCACCAGCUCACCGAGCUGAGGCGCGAGAUGCAGAACCUGGAGAUCGAACUGCAGGCACAGCUCAGCACGAAAAGCUCUCUGGAGAACUCCCUGGCAGAAACUGAGUCUCGCUACAGUUUCCUGCUGCAACAAAUCCAGGCACAGGUCAACGCUGUUGAGGAGGAGCUGGGCAGCAUCCGCUGUGAGAUGGAGGGGCAGAGCCAGGAGUACAAGAUGCUCCUGGGUAUAAAAACCCGCCUGGAGCAGGAGAUCCAGCAGUACCGGGCGCUGCUGCAGGAGGGGCAACAGGAUCUUGUUGCCUCCCAAGGAUCUUUCCAAGGUGGUGGAAAAUCCUCCCAGUCAUAUUCUGCUUCCUACUCUCAUUCCCAGUGUGGGGAGAUGUCAGGUAAGUCAACACUUUGGCAGGCAAGAGUGUGCUAG